AUUUUACCAUACGCGAGACUUUGAAGAGGAGAACAAGGUGGUCAGCUCGGGUGACGCGCGUACGAGUUUCCAAUGUCUUAUGCAAACGGUACACUACGCAAAGCUAUAGUAAGGCUGAAAUGGAGAGAAUUGUCUGUUGUGAAUUAUAAUGCACCCGACUCCUUUACGGAAAAUUGCACGCUCAUUCAGCAAGAGAAAGCCGCGUCAACAAGACGCAAUGUAGUCGUUUUGACCAAUUACAUUUGAUGAGGCCAAAAACGACGGCUGUAGACAGACGAUUUGAAGAAGAGUGCUGGCGAGAAAAACGAGCCUUAUGUGGUGCUCUUUAUAACAAGCGCUUCGUUUUUAUUUACAGCAUUUCCUUAAGAAUACGAAACAGCAUAAAAUCAGGCAAUGCCGAAGGAUCAACCUUUUGGGUGGCUGCUCGUCGCGAGCAUCUCCCGAUAGAUCCCUUAAGAAACCUUGAAUGGGAAUUUUCUUUCGCUUUGCUCUACUCAUCCAUAGUCAAAUCCUGAAUAGCUUUCCGACCUGAUACACUUGCUUCUAACACAAUUUUUAGUAUUUUGGGAGGAUAUUUUGCCAUCUUCUUGUGCACUGUGAGAAAAUGAGAAAUUGAUCAGCUAAUCGCGCCCUCUUUUUUCGAGGAAUGAUUCAGUUAAGAUCUCAUGCUAUCGCACCUAGGUGUAUCUCAAAGCUUCUUUCGCGGUGUUAGGCUUCGGCUGUCUUUGUUGAAUUAAGUCUGUGUCCGGAAUGGGUGAAAACAUUUUGAUUGUUUGCUUGCCCUUCCUUCACUUCAAACGUCGUUAUUCAUCAGAAGUAAAAAAAGUGUUGAGUAACCAGCUGUCACCGCUAGAGUAAGAAUGAAGCAUAAAAUUGACAAUGCCGUUAUCACAUACACAAACCACCCGAGUUGUUGGUAGAUGACUUGCUGGUGUUCAGCUCGUGUCACUUUGUAUCGUAGCUCGUAAUGCCAACCCCUUUACCCGCCUCGUCCCAACUAUUGCCAUACCCUUGCGCGCACAUGGUCCUGACUUAGGUUCAAGUAGUAAUUAGCGAAAAAGCUAGAGUCUUGUUGCAUUCACUUUACCUUAGGCUGUAUGAGACCGACAAAGCUGAUCUUCUGGAGCAAAAGGAUCGUGUUGAGAGAGAAAUGGUGUUUGACUGCGGAAAAUCGCUAAUCAAGUCUUAUCUCGAUAACGGGGAUGCAGCUUUGUUUCAGAGAUGAAGUCCAACACACCGUCUUAUCCGUUCGUCAAGGCUGUGUAAUUCUUGUAUGUGAUGUGACUGUGGAUUGUACGCGUAAUUGCAGCAGCAAGAAUAUGAAACCCUUUUUCAACUCCAAAAGUGGCUUCUUGCUUUCUGCACCAAAUCUUGAGCCGGAGAGAUCUUGUGAACAAAAUACUCGUUGUUGGCUCCGUUCUUGUGCUGUUGUAAGUAUAUCGUACAAUUGCGUCACAUAUGCACAGUUAAAUACUUUUGUCUUUUAAAAUACAAAAAUUAACGACCACCACGAAAUGCUUGCUGAUCUGAUCACGCCCUGCUUCAACAUCCAAUGGCGCGUUAUGAAGAAUUUCUAGCUAAAUGUCAUCAGAUCAAACUUGAACAGCGUAGGCAUGCAAGUUAAUAUUUAAACUUUGCAACUCGGUUCCUUAGUCGUGAGUAUGUUUAGUUAUGGCACGUCAAAUUUGAGAAUUAUACAAAGGCUUUAGCAACUUUUCGUUAAACUGCUUGCCCUGAAUGCCGCCGACUUAGAGUGAAACCAGUUACACCCACAUGCAGCAUACUUGAAUGGCUUGCGUUGCUAUUUUCACAAAAAAGACAACUGUCGAUGGUGGGGCCACGGAUAAGCCAUCAAAUCGAACUGCAACCGAGACUGUUGCUGGUUUUUCGACCUCUCAACGCAGCCUUUUGGAUAAAUAUUGUGAGAGAAUGCUGGCGUUGGAGACUCAGCAACCUGGACAGACCCAAUACGAAAGUCUUCAGGGCAUACUCGCCUUCUCGAGUCUUUGUUGAUUCGGCUUACAACGAUUAAGAUUGCGACCUGUCUGACCGACGACCCAUCAACGAAAAACAAUUUCGCGUUGGUGUAAAUCCAGCUACAUUUCGACACUUUUGCCAUCAAGUUUCCGGUGUACCCGGACAGAGAGGUGGAAGUGAUGCUGGGAUGAAAAGACUAGAGAGAGCUUUUGGCGAGAUUCGCGAUAGUGUACAUGCGGACACUACUUUGGCGUGCUUGAUUGAACCACAAGGCCGUUACAUGUGCUCAGCAAACUGAGUCGAACAAAAUGACUUGUAAAUUUCUUGUGAUAGAGGUUGGUGCUCAGCGAUUCAGAGCCACUUACACUGUUGAAACAACUCUGUUGCUUUCGCCAAAAGGACAGAUGAGCGGGACAGUAUGGCUUUUUCUCAUCAACUAAAUGUACUAUUUGAACAGCUUACGAACGGCACUUUUGUUGAUUGGAAAGUAACAUAGCUAACAAUAUAGCGAACAUGACUUAUGUCUGGCAGAGACGAGCCAAAUUCGCCUUUAACGCAUCUGAUAGGUCCUCAACCUGGUUAGCAACGCCGGCUCCUCGUCUGAGGCGGGAGGCUGGACGGGACAAGCUACUUGUGGUGGCAGCUUUCGAAUGGCGCUGUGGUAUAGCAUCAGACGAGUACCUUUUAUUAUUAUGUCUGCUCCCGCUCUCGAUGAUUCGAAUUUGCUUCAGACCGGUUGUUGAACAUUUUAUCAUGCAUUGCCUUCUACAGUCACGUUUGCUCCUUUAAAUAUCACGGUAUCCCUCGGGUGAUGUAUACAUUGCGCCACACCAGCCUCCC